AUGGAGCAUAAGGCUUUGUGGGCUCUUAAAUUGUUGAAUUUUGAUCCUUCUAAAACUCAAAAUAAUCGAAGAAGGCAGAUGUUGGAGCUAGAGGAGAUGCGGGUGCAUGCAUAUGAUUCAUACAUAAGCAACAAAGAAAAGUUGAAGUCAAAAUGGUUCGGGCCAUUCAUAGUGAAAAGUGUGCGUCCACAUGGAGCAAUUGAAUUGGUUGAUCCAGCUGCUAGUAAUCAACAGAGAAGCUGGGUGGUGAAUGGUCAACGUCUCAAGCAUUAUCUGGGAGGAGAAGUAGAGCAGUUGUCCACAGUGAUGAAGUUGGUUGAUCCUUGA